ACGACCUGCGAUGAACUCGAGCAACGUCUUUUGACGUCCAAGGGUUUCGAACUCGAGGUAUAGGUUUCGCGCCGAAACUCGCGUUCCGCCGAUGGUUAACGCUCGAUGGUUCGCCAGUUCUUCGAGAUAAGAAAAGAAAAGAAAGGAAAAGAUAAAGAUAAAGAAACGCCUACGAAUAGAUAUAGAUAAUGGCCUUCCAGUUGGACGAUCUUCUAAAAGAAGAUAAGAAGGAUGGAAAUCUGUUGCCUGAUUUAAGCAAAGCAACCUGUAAUUCUCAAGAAGAAUUCCGACGGCUUUUCGAAAACUGUCCGGAAUUUAAGAUUAAGCCGGAGAAGGUGAAGAAAGACGAUGCAAAAGUGCGCGAUAAAGAAUUCUCUUGGAAGCCAACGAGGAAAGAACUGAAAGCGCAUGGAAAAGAAUGGAAUUAUGGUAAUCCAGUACCUCCGGACAUGAGGGAGUUGCAUCUUGGCGAAUUGCAACAGGUUGCUAUCGACUGGAGAAUGUUGACACCGAUCAGACCAAAGCAUCGGCAAGACGAGGAAAUGUUUUCCAGAUUGGUGGAAAUGGGGAAACUGGAAGCAAAAACAAUCGCUAAAGAACGACGAUCGAUCGUAAGUCCGAUUCGACGUAUUAAAAAUCGCGCCGGCAUGAUCGAGAGUAGCGUAAAAAUUUGUGCCGAGUGUGGCGAGGAGUAUUGCUUCGGUGAAUUUUGCGGUGAUGUCAUGUACGAUUUAUUCGUGAGGGUAACCGUUACGAUUCAACAGCCGAAAGUUAAAGUAUCGGCUGAUACCGAAGCGAUAAUAGCCAACAUGGAUCGUAAAAAGAAGCACAAGAGGAAGAAAAGAAUUAGAAGCAAGAAGAGAGCGUCCAGAAAAAGUGGUAGACUGUUGAUUCGAAGCAAAGGAAUGAAAUCUAUGGUUAACAACUUGGUAAGAAGAAACAGUAAGAGCAAAGUGGAAAAUGAGGGCGAUUCGAAGCCUGUUAAGCCGUUCAAAAGGAAAUGCAGUAAAUACACUAAGAAAGGAUUUCGAAAAUAGAAAGCGUAGGAAGUAAGAAAAAUUCACCGAUUCAUUUGUUACAAAGAUCAGUUUCAAGUAAAUGAUUGGUGAACUCAAAUGAAACGCAUGUGUUUG